AUGACAGAACAAAAUCCACCGCUUCGAGUCUUGAUUGCCGGUGCAGGAAUUGCAGGUCUUGCGACUGCUAUAUCCCUAACACGGAUAUCAUCUCUUCCAAAUCUGGACAUCCAGCUAUAUGAACAAGCUUCUGAGCUUUUGGAAAUUGGAGCCAGCAUUGCCCUCAGUCCAAAUGGCAUGCGCACGCUGGAGAGGCUCGGCGUACAAAAUGCCCUGAGUGACGAGAUCGGGUUUAGAGGCCCAAGUGGGAUCCCACAGAUUUUCCGUCAUUGGAAGACAGACCAAGUGGUGUCUAUUGAUACUCACACUAAUGUCCCGGAUCAUCGUCAUCAUACUACUCGCUUCCACCGGGCCCAUGUGCAUUCUGGUCUCCUCGAGCAUGUUCCCAAAGAGUCAAUUCACCUGGGCAAAAAGAUUGCACGCGCGGAAGCAAAUCAGCAUGGUGUAUCGUUGUAUUUCGAGGAUGGGGGCAGUGCCCAUGGGGAUAUUCUCAUUGGUGCAGAUGGAAUUCGAUCGAGAGUCAGACAAUCGUUCAUGCCGGAUUAUAAGCUUCGUUUCAGUGGGAAGGUGUUUAUGAGAGCGACAUUCGAUGCUGAGUUGGUAGAGGGCAAGAUCCCGGAUUUGCCUGUUGAUUCGAUGCAUUGGUGGGGCCCAAAAGACAACUUCUUUGCAUCUCGGCUUGGCAGGAACCAAUACACCACCGUUGGUGCGUAUGAUGAUCCACGCUCGGUGGAAGAAGUUGAGAAAAGUAUUGCGUGGGACCAACUUGGCAAUGUUGGAUUUUUGAGAGAAAGAUACAGGGACUGGAAUCCCACUGUCAAAGCGCUGGCCGAGCUGACUCCAUCCACAAAUCUAUACCCCAAUUUUGCCGGGGACCCUCUCCCAACCUGGGUCUUUGGAUCGCGAGUAACGUUAGUCGGCGAUGCAGCACAUGCCCACGGUGGUGCGUUUGCAGCCGGAGGUUCACUGGCGCUCGAUGACUCUCUUGCUCUUGGGUUGGCAUUGAAGCAUGUGUUCUCUUCACCGAAGCUGGCAAAUUUCUCAGCUAGAAACAUCAGCAAGGCCUUGGGGCUGUACGCCAAAACCAGGCAGCCACAUACAGCUCGUUUGCUGCGUAUUGUGCAUAUUCAGAUCGACAAGAAGACAACUGUAUCUGCAACAUGCGAAGAAGAAGACGCUGCGCUUAUUGCGCGAAUGAAAAACAGGCCAGACACGGAGUGGCUAUCCGAACAUGAUGUUGAAGCUGCGUUCAAUGCUGUCGUGUCACAAUUGGGCAAGGCGCAGCGAGAGGAACGCCCUGUCGAGCUGGCAAGAGAAACAGCUGGGGCGAUACGGCUCCAGGAAAGCAAGUUAUAG